GGAGAUUCAACUCGUUACUCGCCGUGUGCUCUGACAGUUGCUUGCCCCUUGUAAUCAGCUGUUCUCUGUUCUCUACGCUGCGCUGCUCCAGGUCGCCGUGCGCGUGUUUGCCGUCCGUAUCGCUGACACUAAAUACAACAAUUUUUGGAGCCGCUCCCAGCGUCAACCAGGCCACAUUUCAGCAUUCCACCACCCACCUCCUUCGCGCAACCGCAACCCCCGUCGUCACCGCCCAACACCACCCUCUUCCCUUCUGAUGCACGACAUAUAGACUUGUUACCCAUUGGCAACCGUCGGUUCGCCUCCUUCCCUUCUCAUCCAAUAUGCCCACCCCACGCUCGUUACGACGCCAGAAUCCCAUCACUUUCGUCCUCGCCGGCAUCCUCUGCAUUGGCUUCUUUCUUUUCUUCUUCUCGUCGUCCGGUGAUGACACACCCGCCGGCGCUGGGACCCGGCAGACCAAAGACACGGCUUCGAAUGUGCUGUCGCCGCCCUCGCUCCCCUUCCGCAAGUCGAAGUCGAAUGCUCCCGCUGCCGCACCCCCCGUCGUGCACUACCACCUGAACAACCUCACGACGUCGAGGACCCCAAUAGAAAAUAGCGAGACUGUUCUUAUCCUCACACCCCUCGUGCGCUUCUAUCAGGAGUACUGGGACAACCUGCUGAAGCUCAACUACCCGCACGAAUUGAUUUCUCUCGGCUUCAUCAUCCCCAAGACGAAAGAAGGCAAUGCCGCAUACUCGGCGCUGCAGGCUCAGGUCACUAAGACGCAGAGCGGGCCCAAGAACAAACGCUUCGCCAGCGUGACCAUCCUCCGCCAGGAUACCGAGUCCCCUCUCCAAUCCCAGAGCGAGGCAGAAAGGCACAAGAUGGAGAACCAGAAGGUGCGACGAGCGGCUAUGGCAAAGGCCCGCAACUCGCUUCUCUUCACCACCAUGGGCCCCACCACGUCCUGGGUUAUGUGGCUGGAUGCCGACAUCAUCGAGUUCCCCCCAACAUUGAUCCAGGACCUCGCCGCAUAUGACGUCCCUAUAAUCGCGCCAAAUUGCUUCCAGCGCUUCUAUAAUAAUGACGAGAAGAGCAUGGACAUCCGACCAUACGACUACAACAAUUGGAUUGACAGUCUGACCGCCAAGGAAAUGGCGGCCAAGAUGGGCAAAGACGACAUCCUCCUUGAGGGUUAUGCGGAGAUGGCGACAUAUCGCAGUCUCAUGACUAAGAUGUACGACUCCACUGCUGACCCAGGCGCCAAAGUGGAACUAGACGGCGUUGGAGGAGCGACACUGUUAGUUAAAGCAGAAGUGCAUAGAGACGGCGCCAUGUUCCCUGCCUUCCCCUUCUACCACCUUAUUGAGACGGAAGGCUUUGCCAAGAUGGCAAAUCGGUUGAGCCACAAAAGCUACGGGCUCCCGAAUUAUCUUGUAUAUCACUACAACGAGUAGCCGCUUCCUCAAAUUGUCUCUUCUUCUUUCUCCUUCUACUCUGGGAUUUCUUUGCUAUGGUCAUUGGGUGGUGUUAGGAGAGCCGGAGCCCUCCCUCAUGAUUUUGUGUAUCCUGCUAUUUGCGAUUGGGACUGAUGCUGGUACCUGUCGAUUGUACUACGUAGCCUAGCCCUUCUUGCCCCUCUCUAGAUUUUUUUACGGCAAGGAAAGCUUUGCUGGACGCACUAUGGAGAAGACUGAGGAGUAAAUGCAGCCCAUUUAGUUCAAAAGGUUCUCCGAGUGUCUGACAUAAUAUGGAGACUAGGUCCACUUGAAGAAACGCUAUGUG